AUGGAAGAUGGGCAAGAGAAGGAACAAUCUCAGCAACCAAUCCCUUUACUGACCCCAUAUAAGCUGGGCAAUUUUCAGCUAUUUCAUAGAAUUGUUUUGGCACCAAUGGCAAGGCAAAGAAGUUAUGGCAAUUUACCACAACCACAUGCAGUAUUAUAUUACUCUCAGAGAACCUCCAGAGGUGGUCUUAUCAUAACUGAAGCCGCAGGAGUUUCUGACACAUCGCUCAUAGGGAUUCCAUUUUCACCUGGCAUAUGGACAAAGGAACAAGUUGAGGCUUGGAAACCCAUAGUAGAUGCAGUUCAUGCAAAAGGCGGUAUUAUCUUUUGCCAAAUUUUUCAUGUGGGAAGGGUUUCUAGUUCUGACUCUCAGCCCAAUGGACAAGCUCCAAUCUCGUCGACAGACAAACCAUUAACUCCCGAAGGUUUUGAUGCCCCAAAAUAUUCACCCCCAAGACGUUUAAAGACAGAAGAAAUUCCUGGGAUUGUCAACGAUUUCCGGCUUGCUGCUAUUAAUGCCAUUGAAGCAGGAAAGCGACAAUUGGAGAAAGAGAAAGGAAGCCGGUUCAUUUCCCUAACUACAUGUGUUGUGUUAAAAUUUGCAGGUUUUGAUGGGGUAGAGAUCCAUGGUGCUCAUGGUUUUCUAAUAGACCAGUUCUUGAAAGACCAAAUCAAUGAUCGAACAGACGAAUAUGGAGGUUCCUUGGAGAACCGUUGCAGAUUUGCUUUAGAAAUAGUUGAAGCUGUUUCAGAUGCAAUAGGAUCUCAUAGAGUCGGAUUAAGGCUUUCCCCUUUUGCAAAUUACAAUGAAGCGGGCGAUUCAAAUGCAAAAGCUCUAGGCCUUUAUAUGGCGGAAGCCUUGAACAAGCACAAAAUUCUUUAUUGCCACAUGGUUGAGCCGAGGAUGAAAACUCUUGGAGAAAAAUCGGAAACUGCAGAUAGUCUUAUGCCGAUGAGAAAGGCAUUCAACGGUACUUUCAUUGCUGCUGGCGGUUAUAAUAGGGAAGAUGGCGACAGAGCUGUGGCCGAAAAUCAGGCUGAUCUUGUUGCAUAUGGACGCUUGUUCUUGGCCAAUCCAGAUUUGCCCAGAAGAUUCGAGUUAAAUGCUUCUCUGAACAAGUACCAUAGAGACACUUUCUAUACAUCUGAUCCUGUUGUUGGCUACACUGACUAUCCAUUUCUUGAAACCAAUGAUUGAUUAACCUCUGAAUGCAAUAAUCCUCAGUGUCUUGCUUGUUGAUCUUAUAUCCCUUUUGCUGGAAACUGGAAAUUAUAGGACAUUAUGUAUAAUGUCAAUUCAAUGUAUCGGUCCAAUGUUUGUAUGAUGCAGAGAAUUGUUUGGAAUCUUUGAUUAUGA